AUUAUUAAUUAAGCCCCAAUACUCUUCCUUGUGGUACCGCUGGUCUCGAUUUUUCUUCUCGACAUUAUAUUCGACGUUUUUCUCGAAGUCAUGAGGAAAAAUAAUCUACCUCCUCUCAUGUUUUUUUUAUUUCUUUUUUUAUUUCUAAUGUGUGGCCCUAAUACUCUUCCCCUAAGUGUCAACUUUCACAGCUGCGCGCUGAAGUGGUUUGAACCCAGCCGACCACCAUAGCUUUGUAAAACCGCGGUGCCGCCUGGGUAAUAUAUGGUUUGUGUUUUGAGCAGAGAAAGCACAGAUGGUCGCCUCUCCCUGUGGACAUAUGAGUCUCAAAAUAAUACGAAGGGGAAUUGUAGACUUUCAUUUGUUUGCAACGCUCUUCACAUUGAUUGGUUGACUGGAAAGAUCGAGAAGCAGUCGCAAAGAGGGGAGAAAAAAAAUAUGGAUGAAAGUGCCGAAAAUGUUGACAACGACGACAUCGUUAUCAUCGUGGAGAACGAGGCGGAAAGCCUGCCAGCUGGGGAAGGGAGACAGAAGCAGCAAGGCACGUUCGGGCUCAUGGACACUUGUCCCAUGUGCAAGUUGAGCUUCCACAAUAGAGAGCCCAAGCUCCUGCCAUGUCUCCACUCUUUCUGCAAGAGGUGCCUGCCCGCCCCCUUCAAGAGCGCCGAACCGAGACCGGACUCGCAGGGCCCACCUGACAACAAACCAUUGGGUGCUAUUCGAUGUCCAGUAUGCAGACAGGAAUGCUGGGAGAUGGACAUACUGGACAAUUUCUUUGUCAAGGACUCGGCUGAGGUGCCGAGCAGCACCGUGGAGAAAACCAGCCAGGUGUGCAUGAGCUGCGAUGAUAACACGGAGGCGACGGGUUACUGCGUGGAGUGUGUGGAGUUUCUGUGCGUGACGUGCAUCGAGGCGCACCAGAGGGUCAAGUUCACCAGGGAUCACACCAUACGCCAGAAAGAGGAGAUGUCUCCAGAAGCAGUAGGCAUGUCCACGCAGAAGCCCGUCUUUUGCGACAUCCACAAGCAGGAGCCCCUGAAGCUGUUUUGCGAGACGUGUGACCGGCUCACCUGUCGAGACUGUCAGCUCCUCAAGCACAAAGAUCACAACUAUCAGUUUUUGGAGGAUGCUUACAGGAACCACAAGCAGUACUUAGAGAACAUGACGCAGCAGUUGCAGGAUAAGAGAAAGGCCAUCGAGGAGGUGUCCACUUGCAUCAACUCUGGACUACAACAAGUUGAAGAGAAUCGUAAAGCUGUCACCAAUGAAAUAAAGAAGUCCAUCUGUAAUCUGAUUAUGGAGAUCAACAGGAAGGGGAAGAUUCUGGUUAAUCAGCUUGAGGCUUUGACUAAGGAUCAUGAGUUGAGUUUGAAGAAGCAGCAGGACGACGUCAACUCCCUGAGCCGCCACCUAGACCACGUCAUCAACUUCACCAAGUGGGCCACGGCGAGCCACAGCGGGACAGCGCUUCUAUACUGCAAAAGACUGAUCCUUUAUCAGAUCCAUUACCUGAUGAGGGCGAGCUGUAAUCCCUCCGUCGUCCCUCAGAGCACAGUUCGCUUCCAGUGUCGCUCCGGUUUCUGGGCCACGAACGUCGACCUUGGUUCUCUGGUAGUAGAAAGAGGUGCAGGGAGGCCACCCAUCGCCAACCAUCAGCCAGGCCCCAGAGCGGAAGUCCCGACUGGAGGCCUCUCGCUCUCGGCUCAGCAGCGACAGAGCACGCUGGCUCAGCUUCAGAUGCAGGUUGACAAGCUUUCCCAGCAGCCCCACAGGCAACCUCCCCCCAACCACUGGUCCUGGUACCAAAACGUCCGGCUCCCGGGACCUCCGCCCCCCAUGAGACCCGCCCACGGAGGGUCUUCGCCCUCCCAGGGCCCUGCCGGCUUGACGCUGCCCGGACGCAGGUAUGGGAGCUCCCAGCCCAACCCGAGGAGCCCCACGUCAUCCAUGCUCCAAAACACCGGAUACCCGGCCGCGCAGUCCCUGAGGGAUCUGAUCCACAGCUCCAGCUUCCCACCCAAACCCAUCGAAGUGUCCCAGGUUACUUCCCGCUAUCCACAGCCUCUGACCGCUGGAACAGCUACACAGACGUCACUACAUCAGAGAUGCCUGCCAGAGUCCUCCUUGCUCAAGAGGAGUGAAGCUGGAGGACCCGUCCCCUCCAUCACCAUCUCCGUCCCCAAACCCAGCUUCGGUCAGAGUCUGGCCUCCGCAACCAGAGACAAAACGAGCACGCUCAACCACAUAACGGUGCAAGGAAGGCAGAACUCUCCGCUGGCUAAGCCGUCCUCUUCAGACAGAAGCACAGGGACGACCACUUGGAAGCAGACGUCUGAGCCGCCGUCAGCCCCCUCAGCCAAGAGACGAAAAAGGUUGUCCCCGGGGCCCGUUAUCGUCAUCAAGGACGAGCCGGAGGACGAGGAUGAAGUCCGUUUUGUGCAGUCCAGUGUAGGGUCUAGCCUGCCAGACAGCAGCACAGGGGUUCAGUCAAAACCCCGGCAGCAGCAGCAGCAGAAGGGGCCUGCAUCUGCAUCUGCAUCAGUCUCCGGAUCAGACUCCAAAAACCAGCGCCUGCCGCCCCCGUCGCAGCCGGAGUCUGAGAAGAGAGCGGACCCAGAGGAAGAUCCUAACGAGGACUGGUGCGCCGUCUGUCAGAAUGGAGGAGAGCUGCUGUGUUGUGAUAAAUGUCCCAAAGUUUUUCAUUUGGCCUGCCACAUUCCCACUCUCAAUGAAUCUCCCAGUGGCGAGUGGUUCUGCUCUUUCUGCCGAGACCUGGUCUCUCCCGAGAUGGAGUACGACUGCAACACCAAGGACGACCCGGUCUCUGAGAGUUUCCCUCCGGUCGACAGAAGGAGAUGCGAGCGGCUGCUGCUACGACUGUUCUGCAAUGACUUCAGCGCUGACUUCCAGCAGGCUGCUUCUCCAUCGGAGACGAGAAGAUACAAAGAACUCAUAAAGACCCCGAUGGAUUUGUCGAUAGUAAAGAAAAAGCUGGAGUCCAAAGCAAAGGACAACGAAUGUUACCUCAGUCCGGAGGGGUUUGUUGCUGAUGUCAGACUUAUAUUUUUCAACUGUGCAAAGUACUAUAAGUCAACCUCUGAGGUCGGGAGUGCAGGCUUGUACCUAGAGGACUAUUUUGAGGAGCAGCUGAAGCUCAUCUACCCAGACAAGAUCUUCCCCGGAGGUAGGGAAGAACAGAUGAUCCCUCCUUUAGAGGAUGAGAUAGACGAAGAAGACGAAGAGAUGAUGCAGGAAGGCGUGGCUCCCGUUGAGAACGAUAAACCCCAAAGUCCUGCGGGGAACGGAAUCCCUCCGGUGGAAGAGGAACUGACUCCUUUGGAUGAAGCCCCGGCAGAGGAGGAGAAGUCCGAAACGGAAAAGAAGGCGACUGAAACGAGUGAAAACGACACGGAGAAAGUUGCGGCAGCCACGGAGGGAGACGUGCCUCCGGUGGAGGAGGUAAAGAAGGACAAAUCGUCUCCUGUAAAAGAGAUGGAAAUCUCUUCAGCUGCUGAUAGUGAAGCAAAAGAUGAAACAGCUCCUAGCUCUGCGAAAGAGGACGAUCCUCAACUGCCUGAAGGCGAGACUGAACCCCAGGAGGAGAAGUCACCUCCUGCAGCGAAGAAGGAGGGAUAGAACGAUACUGUAGAAGAGACGGACGAUUUAAGUCUUCCACAGAAGCGGCCCCAGUGGGGACCAACAUUUGCUGCAAUCAGAUCUUUUUUUUACUGUUAUUUACGAACGGAGGAAAGGUCGCUGCUGUACUAAAUAGACUUUAGUGGCAGUUAGGCUGUAGAUUGUUGUAACAUAGCUGUAGUUGUGUAACAUAGGUUAUUUUCUGUGAUGGUGACACUGAAAAGCACACGUAUAGAUAUUCUUUGUUCAUCAUGUUUACGUUAUGAGCUUAUUACUUGUACAGAAUAACUAAGUAAGUUAAGAGCACAAAUGUUGUAGCAGAAAUAAGAAAAAAAAUGGGAUUAACAAUUGCAUGCAAGAUGUCUCAGUAUAAAUAAUAUUAUCUCCAUUUUGUAUUUAUAGGUUUUAGCUUACUUGCUCUGGCCAUUUGGCUGAUGUUUUAUUGCAAUAGUAUAAUUUUCUAUUGUUUUAGUAUGGUAUUAAUUAUGUAUGCAACAAAUAUGGCAACAAAGUACUGUAAUAUCUGUACAGAACAAAUCUUAUAGUGUACCAGUGUUAAACAAUCCCCUAAAAAAGGAAAAAAAAAGCUGGCUUUUGAAAAUUGUGCUGCUUGCGUGCCUCUAUUCUGAGUUGCCAGUUUGAGGCCUUUUUAUCCCCCAAAUCGCAAAACACUGUUUUAUCACAGAGCAGCCUUGUUGUUUUCAUCCAGAAAACAAUUCCUCAGAUUUCGUUGACUCUCUUGUUAUCAGUCCCAGAUAGUUCAGAGGCGUGAUGAAGUGCUUUCUCAUCAGCCUCUGUUCCAAAUUGUGUCCUUGCCCUUCUGCAUCGUGAUUACUCUUACAUCUAAGAUUAGGCAACAAAAGCUUACUGUUAAAGGCAGUUUCUCCUCACUGGAAUCAUGAGGAAAGAAGGAUGUGCCUCAUUUUUGGGCCAGUUUUAAACAAAAUAUAGAACCAAGCACUCCUGUAUAGAUAUCCAAAGAGUGACUCAAAACCUGUCAGUGAUAGAUAGUUGAUAUAUUGUCUAGUACUGUCAUUUUAUUACAAAUUGAAGAUGCAGGGCCUGUAAAUUAACACCACAAAUGACGCUGAUCCUAAAAAUACCUGUAUUUACAAUAUUUGUAAUAAACAGGAUUAGGUGUGUA